AUGGAGACGAAAGCAACCUCACCACUGAUGAUUACACCGCCGACAUCUGCCUCCCCGGCAUCUGUGUCGUCUGCCUCCAUGACACCGUCUCCAGAGCUGGCCAAGAUGGUGCCAGAGAUGGAGAAGAUGUCCCCAGAAGUUCCCCGACCCCCGGUCAAGAGAGUCGUGUCCUACAGUAUUGACAGUAUCCUGGGGGUCAGCUCGUCGGAUCAGGUGUCCCCUGGGUCGGGGGACGGCUCGAAUUUCGACUCGGAUCAUUCAGCAGUUUCCCCAACCACAUCGUACCACCACACCAACCACACGAGCAACGUCCUGGCCAGCCACACCAUCAACUACAACCACUACCAUCAGCACCACUUCAGCCAGCACCACCAGGAUAUCAAGCACCAUCGAUACGGACCAGACGACACCUGCUCUCCACCCCAUCACCAUCUACCAUCACUCUCACCAUCACGCCAGACGCCAACAUCACCCAAGCGGAACCACUCGGCCUCACCACCGCUGAUGGUGCACUCGUCCCCCGCCCCGCACAGGAUGGGGACACCAUCCCCACCCCAUCACCAUUACUCAUCCGACAGACCAGCUUCAAAUGAUGGUAGCCACUCGCGGCUAAACACCUCCGACUACAGUUCACAGAAUGAGUUUGGCGACUCCGAAAACAUGGACGACGACAGUUCGGGAAAACCCAGAAAAAUUCGGAGAAGUCGAACAACGUUCACGACAUUUCAGCUACACCGACUAGAAAGAGCUUUCGAGAAGACCCAGUACCCGGAUGUUUUUACACGUGAGGAGCUGGCCAUGACCUUGGACCUAAGUGAAGCCAGAGUGCAGGUGUGGUUCCAGAACAGACGAGCCAAAUGGCGGAAGCGAGAGAAAGCCCUGGGCCGGGACAGCCCCACCUUCAUGCAGGGCGAGCCCCCCUCCUCCCUCAGCGACAUGAUCAACCUCGCCCGACCCUUCGGGCUGCCCUCGUCCCUGGAGCCCUUCUGGGGGAGCCGUUUCCCCAACCUGACGGGCGUCCAUCCCAUGAUGGCCCUGUCCCACCCCAGCAUCAGCGCAGCUCAGGCUGCUGCGGCCGCCUACACCGCUAGGUACGUGCUCGUUAAAGACUACAACGGCUAGACACUUUCAACCACAUGCUUUACGUGUUCAUUACAAAAUGGAAUUAUGAAAAACCCGAUGUUAUUAAUAGAUAAAUGAAGAAAAAACCGGGAAUUCCCUGAAGCUAUAAAAACCUGUGAGCAUAGACUAAACAAUUACAAAAUUAGCUGAUGUAAAUAAUGGGCGCAUUGCCGGGAACUGUGCGGUUUGUGUAGACUAGAAUACCACGAGUAUAUAGAAUAGUCAUUGAAAAACGAUUGGAAUAAGUUGUAAAAAAUAUUCUACUGCUGUCGACUGACUGGCUCGUUCAAUCCGCAGGUCUCAGUACGGCGGUCUCCUACAUAGCUACAUGCUAAACCCAGGCCACGGCCCUCACGCUCAACCCUCGCUGUCUGGCCUCGUCCCAUCCACAGUUCCAGCAUCUCUGGCACCGUCCGUCUCGCCCAGAGUCACCAGCUCAUCUGUGUUUGAUGACAUGCGCAGUAAGGUGAACGGAAGUAGCUCGUUUGAUGACAUGCGCAGUAAGGUGACCGGAAGUAGCUCGUUUGAUGACAUGCACAGUAAGGUGACCGGAAGUAGCUCGUUUGAUGACAUGCGCAGUAAGGUGACCGGAAGUAGCUCGUUUGAUGACAUGCGCAGUAAGGUGACCGGA